UCUUCCGCCUCCCUCGCGGUCCCGCCCCCGGGCCGGGUUGGUUUACGGCCGUCGCUGCGCGCGCCUUCGGCACCCUGUGGGCAUGGCGGAGGGAGAGGUAAAUUAAGAUUUCAUUUUCAAGAUGGAAAGUCCUUCAGACCCACCUGUGAUUUUACCUGGCACGCCACAGGCCUGUGUGGAUCCACCCUCCCCCCAUACAAAUAGUUCACGAAAACAACCUAUGAGUGCCACACUCAGAGAAAAAUUAAGGAAAACAAGGUCUUCAUUUAAUUCCCACUACAGUGUGGUAAAGCGUCUUAAAGUAGAGAAUGAAGAAAGUGGUCAGACCUUUUCAGAGAAACCAGCAUCUUCAAUGGAAGAAAAUUGUUUGGAAUUUCAAGAAAGUUUUAAACACAUAGAUAGUGAAUUUGAAGAAAAUGCACAUUUGAAAAAUGCCUUCAAGAUUAUCAGUACAUGUGAAUCAAAAUCACUUGAUACAGAUGCAUUCCAAAAUAAUAUUUUGAAGGAGAGUUGUUCUAAACAAGCAUUAGAUGAAGAAAAAGCAAAAUUGGUGAAGCAGAUUCAGGAGAAAGAAGACCUUCUUCGGAGACUAAAACUAGUCAAAAUGUACAGAUCAAAGAAUGACCUGUCUCAAUUACAGUUGUUAAUAAAGAAGUGGAGAAGCUGUAGCCAGCUGUUGCUUUAUGAGUUGCAGUCAGCUAUGUCUGAAGAGAACAAGAAACUAAGCCUGACUCAACUGAUAGACCAUUAUGGGUUAGAUGAUAAAUUGCUACACUAUAACAGAAGUGAAGAAGAAUUUUUAAGUGUUUAAUUCAUAAGUUUUUCUCCAGGAUAUCUUUAAGAUUGACAACUUAAGAGAUACACAUUUUAGAGGGAAGAUACCUAUUAGUGCUUAAAGGAAGGUAACCUGAUGGACAUGAUUUUAGGGCACACUUACACAAACUCAGUUCUAAACGGAAACAAUAUUUUGGAUAGAUUUGCCAAAAAAACCUUGAUGUUUAAAGAAAUGUAACAAAAAUUGAACUGUGUUUAAAAAGUAAUUUGGGCAAUUCUGAAAACCGGUUUUAAUAUAUCUCUUUGUUUUUCAUGUUGAAAAGUUUUAUUUUAAAUGUUAAAAAUCGUCCAAUCUGGUGAAUGUCUAAACCUAAACUGGUCUAAAAUGUGCUUGCCUCUCUGAGUUUAUGAACCAUGUUUCCAUUCAUUUACCACAUGUUUCCAUCUGAUGAUCUAGCAGGCAAUUAAACUGAUAAUGUCUGAAGUUA